UGGCUAAGGAAAUUAUUCAUUUAUAUGUAUGAAUGAGAUAGUGAAAGAUUGAGAAAAAGGACCGUUAGAAUUUUAAUUAGGUACCGGAAAUGCCCCUUAAGGAACUGCCAAAAACCGAAUACUACCGUUACACUGUUUUGCUGGUAAAUAAUGCUUUUUCUAACUUUACACAUCAGAGAGUCACAGAUUCUUUUAAUGCAUUAGUUACGUUUUGUGCAGUGCAUGUCUUCUCUUCCUUCAAGCUUCUUGAAUUUAGUUACUCUUUAAUUAAAGGGCACAGAAAAAAUAGAGGCAAGGAUUCUUAUAGUAGCCAAGUGUUUGAUUUAUCUAUAAGUGUUCCCAAUUCUUCUUCUUUUCAGUUUUCACGUCCAUUAUUCAUUUUUUUUAUGUCAAAUGUGUUUUCUUUCUACCUAGUACAUGUGUAUGACUCAUUCUCAUAUACAAAAGUCAAGAAAAAAAGUUAGGAUAAUAUAUUUGAUGAUCGAUUAAGAAGACUAGACCAUAAUGAAAGCAAAACUAGGUAAAAGGAUAAAAGAAAACGUUACGAUUGUGUGAAAAUAACUUGUUUCGAAAAGGAAAAUGAACCAAUAACUUAACAUCUCUUUUGCUUUACUUUCUUUUCUUUUUCACUUUGAAAUUUUUCAUUUUAUUAAAAAAUUUUAUCUUUGGUUCUGAAUAAUAAUGACAUUGGGCAAAAUAAAAUAUAAAUAAAUAAAUAAAUAACAUUGAGCCAAGAGAUGGGUCCAAAACAGUGCAGAUGUAAAAAGAGUAGCUAACUGGGACACCCACGUGCGACCCAAGAAGGACCAAAAUGGGGUCACAUAUUUGGAUUUAGGACAUAAACAAUACAAAAAAAUUAACAAUGCUUUUGUUAACAGACAUACCUCUCUGGUCUCUUUCACCUGUUGACUGCUACAAGCUCCAAAAACGGUGCCGUUACAUGGCUGUGGUGGUCGAUUGA